AUGUAUUUUUUUAAAAAGACACCUGAAAAGCAACCCGCUCAGCCACAGCAACAACAGAAUCAACAACAACAAAAUCAAAUAGUGAUAGUUAAUAGAGAGACAUCAGAAUAUUUUAGAAAACCAGGUCAGACUACAGGUGGUUAUAAGAGAUUAGAGAAGUUGGGUGGUGGAUCGUUUGGAUCUGUCUACAAAGCAGAGGAUCAUGCAACAGGUACACUCUAUGCAGUGAAACUACUCAACUAUCAUACCUACGAAUCGAAUCUCGCUGCAAAGAAAUACAUUCAAACAGAAUUCGAUAUCUUAAAUAAAUUGAAAAACGGUCAACAACAUCCACACAUAGUAAACAUUCCAGAUGUACUUGAUCAAUAUACAUAUGUUUUUGAAUAUUGUAAUGGUGAUUCAUUACAGAAAUACUUUAUGGAGAAAUCACCGAUUACAGAGAACACAUUGAAGACCAUAUUUGUACAGAUUCUUUCGGCACUUCAAUUCCUUCACAGUCAAGAGAAACCCAUAGUUCACAGAGAUUUGAAACCAGCCAAUGUUUUAGUUCACCAAAAUAAUAAUAGAUUCGUAUUUAAAUUGACUGAUUUCGGAUUUUCAAAAUCGAUGACAGAGAUAGAGAUGUUGGGAUCUAAUGUUGGAAGUCCGCUGUUUACAGCACCAGAGAUUGGAAAGAUUAAAUACGAUCAUAUGGUGGAUAUCUUCUCGUUGGGUGUGGUAUUCUUUUAUAUUGCAAGAGCACGUUAUAAUGACCCGGUAUCACUUCCGGUCAACCCAGAGCAAAUCUAUAGAUUGCCAUCAACACUCUCUGCAGAUUUCAAGGAUCUAUUGAUUCGUAUGAUCAACCCGAAUCCCAAACAAAGAAUUACAAUUCAAGAGAUCAUUCGUUCAAAGUGGUUACAAGAUAAAUUCGUACAACUCGAAGUACCAGGACAAGAUCGUUAUUUAAUGAAUCUUCAAGAUUUGUAUCAAAUUCAAGGAUUCAUUGAGUCAAAGUUUAAUCUGUCAUUGGCUGAUCAAUUGGUAUUGGUAUCUUAUCAUGACUCUGAUAAGUUGUAUCUAUUGGAGGAUACUAUUGAACGUCCAAUCUAUACAGUUGAUAGAGUUUAUUUAAUUAGUAAGAAACAUGAGAUUCCACGAAUUCUUUUCAGUCCACUUGAUAAAGUAUCAAAGUUCUCUGAAAUCAUUAAACAACCAAUGGUUUGGACAAUUCAUAAAUUACAAGAUGAAAAGUUGGCAGAUGCAAGAAGAGUACAGUUUAUUGUUACAGAUAUUCUAAAGAAAUCACUUGAUUAUUUAAGAUUGUAUGCUUUAUUUAAGGAGUUUUAUGUUGCUCAAAUCAAAACACCAAACUUUACACUUGCAAUGAAUAGAAUUGGUGAUUUCUGUAAGAAUAACCAAGCCAAUCAUCAAGCUCUAGAAAACGUUAGAAACUUGAAGGAUCUUGACAAUGAUGGAAAUGAAACCAACGAGUCGUUUGUAGAUCGUCUGCCAUUCAUCAUAAAGACUUUCUUGCAACGUGACAUCGGUGAUCUCUAUGAUAAUAUCAUAAAGAUCUCAAAGGAUUUGGAUUCAAAAGAAAAGUCACAUACUCAUUUCAAUCAAAAUGUAUUAGAAGGAUUGUUAGAGGUAGAAGGUCUUUCUAAACAAUUUGAAACGGUGCGUGCCGGUCUUAAUCAACUUCGUGGCCUGAAUGAAUCGUCGUUUGGUUUCAUCUUUGACACAGAGACUUUGAUGAAACACUUUUCGGCAUACGUGGAGAAUUGCUAUAAGCUCUACAUCAAGUACUAUUCAGCCAUCAAUAAGGAUCUAUCAAUGUUUAUUGACCACUUUAAUAGUCUGAUCAAAUCGUUGUCGUCGCUCGACACCAUUCAGAAUCAAUCUCAGAAUAUCAUUGGCGACCAAGAGUUGAUCAAUGAGAUUGCCAAGAUUCCAACCUACUACAAGCGCUACCAGUCAGAGUUGAGAAGAAGAUCCGAGUUCCAGGCACUCUACGAUCAACAAACCAGAAGAUUUGCACUUGAUAUUCAUACACUGAUCCAAGGUGAAAUUUCAUUAAGAUCAAAUUUCAGAAAUGUUGAUUUACCAAAAUAUUUCAUUCCACUUGCUCUUUCCAAUCGCGACAUAGAGAAUCCUCUUCACAAUUUCUUGCCAACUGCUGAAAGUUUAAGUUUGAGAGACUUUAUAACAAGUGAAGGUUUUGAUAUGAUAGAUGAUGACCUGGGUGGAAAUCAAAACUUGGUUCAAACUAAAGUUAUGUUGGAUUUAAUUAAAGAGAAUGGUGAAUUACAAAGAGAGUUGUCAGAGUUGAGAAAACAAGAUCAUAAUUCUUUGGGUAGAAAUAAUUAUUAUCACCAAGACGAUCAACAAACUAUAGAGAGAGACGACGAUCAGCAAAACAAUUGUAACUCUGUUAUCUACAAUGGAGAUCAACAACAACUCAUUGACACUGUUAUUCAUGCUCAAAAGUGUGAGGAAGAUAACAAUAACAAUAACAACGAUAGUUUAGUGGAGGAAAAGGAAAGAGAGAUAGCAAUGCUGAGAGAGCAAUUCGAAGAGUUGUCAACCAAUAAAGAUAAGAGAAUCCAAGAGUUGGAGAGAUCACUCAACGAGCAGAAACAACGUGAUGCCAGCCUGACCCUAAAGCAAUUCGAGUUUAACAAUCAUAUCAAAUCACUCCAGGAAAAGGUUAAACAGAUGGAGCAACAAAAUGCACAAUACCAAUCAACAAGAGACUCCAACUCGCAGCUUUUAGAACGUAUACGUGAAUUGGAACAGCAACAGGAUUCAAAGAAUUUGGCCAACCAGUUCCAAACCUCCAAUCUACUUGAACUCAAAGACAACAAAAUCUCAGAGCUCGAAAAAGAAGUGAUCAAUCUCCGUGAAGCUGCUAGAAUACUCGAAUUAUCAUUACAUCAAUAA